GCAUGAGCCACUGGUCCUGGCCAACAAGGCAUACCUUGUAGAAUUUUUGAACAUAUUUAGGUAUUAGAGAUAGUCUACGUGCAGUGUUCAAAUAGAAAAUACUCAUUUAGGGCAGUAUUCAUUAUUUCAGUCGUCACCAUUGAAUGGAGAGUGAAAGUUGGGUUUAAAUGGGAAAGGGAAAUUGAAGGCAGGAGGAAGCACCAUAAGCAAAGCCACAGGGGUAAGAUUUAGCAAGACAUGUGAGAGGCAAUUGCGUGGAACUUUAAGAGCUUCUGCUUCCUGAAAGUAUAGAGAUCAACAGCAUCAGGGGCUGCCACAAAGUCAAGUUGGAUGAAGACUGUAAAGAGGUCAUUUGGUUGAAGAGGGCAAUGAUGACCCUUGAAAAAGCAGCUUUAACAAAGGAUAGUUGUGGACACUAGACUGCAGGCCAUGCGUUUGUCCCCCGCCUCUGUCUGUCUCUCUGUAUCUCUGGAUGCCAGUGGCCUCUUGUCUUGCCUCUUUGUACUCUGAGGCUCUCUUACUUUUCCUGGCAGGACAUGGAACGAAGGCAGCAGCAAAAACUGAAGAUGCAAGCUGAGAUUAAGCGCAUCAAUGACGAAAACCAGAAACAGAAAGCAGAGCUGCUGGCUCAGGAGAAGCUGGCGGACCAGAUGGUGAUGGAGUUUACCAAGAAGAAGAUGGCUCGAGAAGCAGAGUUUGAGGCUGAGCAGGAGAGAAUCCGGAGGGAGAAAGAGAAGGAGAUCGCCCGCCUGAGAGCCAUGCAAGAGAAGGUCCAGGAUUACCAGGCAGAACAGGAUGCCUUGCGGGCCAAGCGCAACCAAGAGGUUGCAGACAGAGAGUGGCGCAGGAAGGAAAAGGAAAACGCGCAGAAGAAGAUGGAAACAGAGGCCAAGCUGCGGAAAAGUCGGCUCGAACAGGUGGCUUUCAAGGAGCACGCUCUGGCUGUUCAGGUGCAGCGGGACCGGGAUGAGUUCGAGAGGAUUCUUCGGUAAGAGGGGCCUGGGGAUCUUGGAUUUCUUUCCUCGUAUUGUAGCAGGGAUGGUCCAUAUUGGAUAGAGAGAAGCUUUCUGGCAUGUUAUCAGAUGCUUGUCUAUCUUGGCUGGGUUGGUGGGAUCAUUACAACUAGAUGGACGAUUGAAGCUUUUAAAAAUCACUUGGGCCAAGCAUUUUGUGAUUAGAGAAUUGGGAGCUAGCACCUGGAAUUGCCUAAGGAAUUGGUGAUGACUGGGAUUAUGUACCCUGGAGCAGUAAAAGUAUAAAUAAAGGUAAAAAUCUG